UUCCAGCCCAGUGUUUGUGCUACAACCCGAGUGUUUUUAACUCUCAAGAAGGGAUUUGUUGUAUUGAUUGUUUCUUGGACGCGUAGCUGUAAAUGGCAACGGAUUUCACGGCAGAAAUGUAUAACUUUAGCGCAAGAUGAGAGCGUAUAUCGGAUAUGUAAUGUUAGUUAGCUAACUUAGUUUCUAUGUAACCUAGCGUUAAGCGUUAGCAACAAGAUUUGGGCAGUACACUGCAUUUAUCAGCUCAUGUGUUUGUGAACUUUUUCUUUGGUAGCUAACGUGAAAUGAUAGAAAACUACCAUAAGGUAUGUAAAGUUUAUGAGAUAUUUAUACACCAAUAACAUGUCAGUAAAAGUAUCAUUCAUAAACGUUGAUGAAACUCGCUUAUAAGCAUCUAUCUGAACGGGCUAAGGUAUCAUAAAGCUGGACAGUCACAUGCACAACUGUGCUUAUCUUUUGACAACUAUGCCAAAUGACUCACCUUUAGUCUCCACCAACGAAUAAAAAAAGAUGUAAUGCCUUUAUAGUGUACUCUUUUUUGGGGGGAAUUAACAACUUUGGAUAACUGAAUAGUUAGUUUAUUAGCUAUUCACAAUGGCAAGUGCCUUAGCAGCAAAGAUGGGAUUUAAGUCACUAAAGAGAAAACAAGCCAAGAACUUCAACGUCAGGAUCUGCACAAUGGAGUCAGACAUGGAGUUCAGCUGUGAGGUCAAGUGGAAAGGAAAGGAUCUUUUUGACUUGGUAUGCCGAGCUCUGGGCCUGAGGGAGACAUGGUUCUUUGGGCUCCAAUACAACAUCAAGGACACUGUUGCUUGGCUGAAGAUGGAAAAGAGGGUUCUGGAUCAGGAGGUACCAAAGGAGGAACCAAUCACCCUUCACUUCCUGGCCAAGUUUUAUCCUGAGAAUGCUGAGGAGGAGCUAGUGCAGGAUAUUACACAGCAUCUCUUCUUCCUACAAGUGAAGAAGAAGAUCCUUGAGGAGGAGAUUCACUGUCCACCCGAGGCCUCUGUGCUGCUGGCCUCCUACGCCGUCCAUGCCAAGUACAGAGACUACGACCCUAAUGUUCACAAACCUGGCUUCUUGGCGGAGGUGGAACUGCUGCCAAAGAGGGUGAUUAACUUGUACCAGAUGACUGCAGAAAUGUGGGAGGAGAGGAUCACAGCGUGUUAUGCGGAGCACAGGGGCAGGACGAGGGAUGAAGCUGAGAUGGAGUAUUUAAAAAUAGCUCAGGACCUGGACAUGUAUGGCGUCAAUUACUUUUUAAUCAGGAAUAAAAAGGGAACAGAUCUUCUUCUGGGAGUGGACGCCCUGGGUCUGCACAUCUACGAGCCGGACAACAGGCUGACACCCAAGUGCUCCUUUCCCUGGAAUGAGAUCCGCAACAUCUCCUACAGCGACAAGGAGUUCACCAUCAAACCUCUGGACAAAAAAACCAAUGUUUUCAAGUUCAACUCUUCACGUCUGAGAGUCAACAAGUUGAUCCUUCAGCUGUGUAUAGGGAACCAUGACCUGUUUAUGCGCCGGCGGCGGGUGGACUCGCUUGAAGUGCAGCAGAUGAAGGCCCAGGCCAGAGAGGAGAGGGCCAGAAAACAGGUGGAGAGGCAGCAUCUGCAGAGGGAGAAGCAGAUGCGGGAGGAGGCAGAGAGAGCCAGGGACGAGCUGGAGAGGAGGCUGAUUCAGCUGCAGGAUGAGGCUCACAUGGCCAAUGAGGCCCUGCUGCGUUCAGAGCAGACGGCGGACCUGCUGGCUGAAAAGGCCCAGAUCGCGGAGGAGGAGGCCAAGCUGCUGGCCCAGAAAGCUGCCGAGGCUGAGACAGAGAUGCAGCGCAUCAAAGUGACUGCCAUCCGUGGCCAGGAGGAGCGGCGGCUCAUGGAGCAGAAGAUGCUGGAGGCAGAGAUGCUGGCUCUCAAGAUGGCCGAGGAAUCAGAAAGGAGGGCCAAGGAGGCUGAGCAGCUCAAACAGGACCUGCAGGAAGCCAGGGAGUCAGAGCGCAGGGCAAAGCACAAGCUGCUUGAGAUUACCAGCAAGGCUGUCUAUACGUCCCCUGGACUCCCGCCUGACAGUAUGGCUCCUGACCUGAGCUUCAGCAGGGAGAACCUCAGCUUCGACUUUAAAGAUACUGACAUGAAACGCCUCUCCAUGGAGAUUGAAAAAGAAAAGGUCGAGUACAUGGAGAAGAGCAAACACCUGCAGGAGCAGCUGAAUGAGCUGAAGACGGAAAUUGAAAGCCUGAAGCUGAAGGAGAGAGAAACUCCUCUGGACAUCAUACACAACAAGAACACAGAGCAAGGGACCAGCAAGCACAGCAACUUUAAAAAGCUAACACUACAGAGCACCAAGUCCAGGGUGGCCUUCUUUGAGGAACUUUAAACUACACAUCAGUAAAGACGGGAUGCACAACUGCCAAGAACCUCAUGUUUCUACAUUCCUGGUCAGUGUAAAUGACUCACCACACUACAAAGCCCUAUAGCCCACUUCUUGGGAACCACCAUGAAACACUAUGAACAAAAAAAAAAAAAAGACCACUGCCUUGAUCUGCACCAACUCCAGGGGCCUUGUGUUUACGCACAAACAGGGAUGAAUGCGUAAUGCUCCUGCAAAAUGUUCCUGCGCUAAAUCUGGGAUUCAUAAAAAAUUGAGUGUGUGUUUACAGUAGGUGUUUGAAAUACAGCACAUUCCCCUUGAACAUUUUGAAGUGAACUUGGGUGUGGGGGGGUUCAUUAGUGUCAAAGAAUAAAGGUAGACGACGCAAGAAGGAAAUAAACAAAAUUGGGUAAUAUGAAAAUUGACUGCUCCUGUUCUACUGUGGGUUUAAUGAGACAGUACUCAUGGAGUUUAGAAGGGUUAUUAUAUCAUUUCCAAAUGGGGUGACCUACAUUAGCUGAAUGCCUAAGUGUUUUGAAAUUCGAAAAGGAAACAAACCACUAAGGGAUAAAGUUGAAAAAGAGAAUGAAUGAUUAUACGGCUGAUAUGUCACUCAUACCCUUUCCCAGAUAGUAGUUAUACACAGCAAAUUAAACUUCCUUCUGCUUAAACACUGACCAUUUGUUAUAUUACAUUUUAUUUAUAAUGUCAACAAAUUCCUUCAUAUGAUUUAUUCUUUCUUUGCUUAAUAACUUCAUGGUUAAAUAAAAAAAAGGAUGUUCAGGCAGCAAAUACGGGGCAUUUUUUUGCUAUCAUAAAUUUAAAGAGCCAUUUAAUGCUAAUAGUGGGAGUUGAUGGGCUGUGGUGGAUAUUAAGCUCUUUCUCAACACAAAAAUCCAACUCUGUGAGUAUCAUCAAGGAAUUUGCCUCAGUCGAGUUGUGUGAGCAGUGUUUUUAUUUUUUUAAUCUCAGAAUCUGUGUCCACGUUUGUGCCUUUAUGCAACUUUGUUGUGCUGAAUGUAGACAAUUUGUUAUGCAUGAGGCCUUAGGACUUUUGUUUACAUCUUGUAUACACAGAGAAGUAAUGUUACAUAUCUCUGGGCUGCCUCCAGCUAUUGAUUAGGGUGUCCUUAACGCAGGGCACUGAGUGCACUACGCUCUGCUCUUGAAAGUGAAGAGAUCAUUUGUACUAGGCGGUUCUUAGAAUCUGAACUGGAUGAAGGAUUUUUAGAUGUGAGCUUCUAUCACAUCUAUCAUCUAUCUCAGUUUUUUUUUUUUUUUUUUUGUGAAGACAACCACUUUUUUGAAACAUGAAUUUGCAUCUAUUUUGAAUUAAUGUGUCUUUUUGAAUUAAUGUACUCUUUCCCUCUGAAAGCAUUUUAUUUUGGGGAAUUAUAAUGUGAAGAAAACGGUUUUUAUUUUUCUUUCUGUCUGCAUUUAACAAGAAUAGAAAUCAGUAUUUGAAAAGAAACCUGUGGAGGCGUUACAGUACCUAUAUUUCUAGAUAUACAUCGUAACAGAUACAGUAUGUAUGUUUUGCCUGUAAAA